AUCUAAAAGACGCAACACGGAAGAUCAUAGCUACAAUUUGUGAAGAGUAGAGCGGACCAUCUGUCCUCGUUCGUCGGCGAUACCUGCGUGCCAUGUCACCGAUCGACCAUAACCACAUGCUCGCCUACACCCACAUCCCGACCUCUGCGUUCAGGAUCCCCGAGCCCGACCUAUCGAGCCCACCGCCCGAUCCUCAUGAUCCUCGUUAUACCUUCUCGGGGGACUCUUCUUCGACGACAAAAACGGCAGAGGGCGAACGUUUUCGGUCGAGGUUGGCUUCGUUCCCACCGAACAGCUCCGGGGUGCCACCAUCUGCACGGAAGGGGAACAACCUCGCCGCACCCGGGUCCAAGGGGGACGCCGGUGGAGGUGUCGGUGGGAUAGGCAGUGCUCUAUCAUCCGGAGUGACCGACAUGUUCAUCUCACACCUCUUGCCCUCGACAUUACCCUCCAAGGCGACGCAACAAGCUCCUCUCCCUGUCCCGGGCAAGGUCAGGUCGCUGUCGUCUCAACGGGAAUCCCUGAGCUUGCCCACGAUGACCAACAGUUUUAGGCGGUUCGUAGCCAGGUGUGGGACUAUAUUCUGGGUGCAGGAUAGGGUGGAAGAGGUGCUUUACUGGAGGAAACCGGUCUGGACUUGGUCAUGGAUGUUGUUGUGGGGGUUCAUCUGCUUUUAUCCGAGGAUAAUCCUCUUGAUCCCGUUCUGCACUAUCAUCCUCAUCCUCCUGCACCAACAUACCAAGACCCACCCGGUGAUUCCACCCACACCCGUGCAACCCGUUUCAUCGCCUACGGUUUCGGCACCGAAGACCUCCCUCCUCAACAACGCACUUACCAACAGCAUCGCAGCGACCUUGACCCAGAACAACGACCCGUCCAUCAACUCCAAGGCUAGAGCGGAUGCCGACCAUCAUCAACAUCAUCAUGGGAGUCAGGGAGGAAAGGGAGAGGAAAGAGGGUAUUCGGCCACGGCGACGGACGCGAAUGGGAGGGAGAUCCCUUCGGCAAGUGGGGCGCCGCCUGAGAGUGGGGUGGAUUAUUACAUGAACUUGCAAGGGAUUCAGAACUUUAUGGGACUAUUCUCGGACGUCCACGAUGCCGCUCUCCCCUUCAUCUCGCUCAUCGUACCCUCGAUGCCUAACCCUCAGCCUCUGCCUACGACAUUUCCUCUUUCACCGACACAUAUCAUGAUCUUCUGUUUACCGCCCACUAUCCUCCUCCCUCUCGUCCCCCUACGUAUCCUCUCCUUCCUCCUGUUGCCCAUCGGAAUCCUUCCUCCGAUCGUCUACCACCCGGCUUUCUUGCCCGCACUGGACAGGGCGAGACGGUGGGAAGGUCUGGACAAGAGGCGGAUCAGGUAUUGGAGAGGAGUUGCCGAGAGAUGGGUCUUGACGGACAGAUUGGACGAUUCGAUCGCUAGGAGCGAGAUUCGGGAGGUGAGGGUCUGGGAGAACCAGAGGUUGGAUCCGACUUGGAUCGGGGAGAACGAGGCGCGGUUGAAGGCCGGUGCAGACAAGGAUAAAGACAAACGGCCGAGGUCUGGGUCGGGGGGAAAGAUCUUGGAGGAAGAACAUCACGCUCGGGAACCGCCAGAUUCCGCUUGGAGUUCGGUUCAUCUGAAAAACUACGAGAGGUCUGGUUGGGUACGGGCGUUACCGACAUCCAAGUCCAAGUAUCAACCGGACGAGUCGUUGUGGCAGGAUGAGCCCGGAAGUGAUGCCCGCAGAGAAUCGGGGACGGGUCAGGCGAAUGCUGGAGGGAGGGUAGCGUUGAGUCUGAUCAAGGGGUGGAGCUUCGUACCUGGUGAGGAUUGGAGAGUCGAUUGGGUCGCCGAGUGGGAUAGGGUUGGAGGGGAUGAGGCGGGAUGGGUUUACACCGACGACGAGUGGAAGCAACCUUCUCCGGACUCGGUUGUCGACGUCGUCCUGCCCGAGAAGAAAGAAGUCGAGACGCGGUACAUGGUCACACGAAGACGACAAUGGUGGAGACGAGUGUAUAGUACCGAAUGAAUCAUCAUGUUUGCACUGUCUGACGUCUGUAUCCAUAGCUCAACAUCUCAUGGAAGAUGUCUUGUACCUGUUGGUGUUUCAUGUAUCAUCGUGCGGUUUACCCCGAGUCUCACCUCAACUUUGUCAACAAACCCCCUCUCCCUCCUCCCUUUGCUUGACAUUAACAACAUUCAGAAGAGC